UCUCAACAACAUUACACGAUGUGUAGCGCCUCCAACCCUGAACAACCACCACCGCAGAAAAAAAACCAUCUUUUGUCAUUGCCUGAAGAUAUCAUAUUAAGCUGUCUUGCCCGUGUCCCAAGAAACUGUAACCUAAACGUCGCUCAAGUCUCCAAAACCCUAAGAACCUUUGUUACUUCGCCUGAGCUCAACCGCAUGAGAUCCCUCCUGCACAAGAGUUCCCUUUAUGUAUGUUUCGACAAAAUUAACCAAUUCGGUAAGUCGACCAACCGGUGUCUUACUCUUGAGAAAACUUCAAACGAGUAUCGAUUGGUUCUGUUCCCUUGUCAACGUCAGCUUUUUAUGGACCAUUAUUUAGCCGUCUCUGUGGGAUCAGAUAUCUACUUACUCUCGAAAUACUUCCAAUAUCCAUCUAAUUUUUGGAUUCUUGAUACUCGAUCUGGAAAGCUUAGCCAGGGACCAAACAUGAAAGUUGAGCUCAGGGAUGAAACCAUGGGAGUAAUCGAUGGUAAGAUAUACGUGAUGGGUUUUGAUAGACUCGACGAGGUUUACCAGAAGAUCCAAGUACAUGUGUUCGAUCCAAAAUAAAAAAUUUGGAAAUCUGAGGGGCAGGAGAAACUGCCACCAUCUACGUGGUAUCGUAAUAAGAAAAAUAUUAUUACUGCUUCACUGGAGCUAAAGAUUUACAGGGUGGAAGCUGGUCAAAUCAGUGUAUACAACCCAAGAAAAGGUGAAGGAGAGCGAAUGGUUCGUAUGGUAAGUAAGAGAGUACUGGUUGAAUCUAAUAAUCGAGAAGGUAGAAGAAUGCAUAUUCUACGUGAAGCAACGGAUUGGGUGUGUGUGGUGGAGAAUGUUCUCUAUGCUUGUUAUCGCACUAGUGGGUUAAUAUGGCUUGAUACCAAUGUCAACGUUUGGAGAAGAGUGGUCAGUCGUUACGCCGUGGAAGUGUGUCGCUUAGCCGAGCACGCAGUGGGGGAAUACGAAGGGAAGCUAGCGGUUUUUGAGUUAAUUAAGCAUGGCCGAAUCGAUAAUACUAAGAGUGUUAAGAUGUUCCUGUUCUCGUUCCAUAGAGUUGGAGAGAAGAUGCUUGGGACAAUCGAGUGGUCUGGUAUUGUAGCCACAGACCUAUCUUUCGGUAGAUUUUUGCAUUGCUUCGGAACGAUCAUAUAAACAAUAUGUGUUCUUUUGUUCAGUGGAAUGCCAACUAGAAACAACGAUUUAUCAUGGAAAGAGAGAAAAUAAUAAAGGCCAAAAAGUGUAUUUAA